CUGUAUGCACUGGGUGUAGGAGUGACGGUUCCAGAGGAUUCCCAUCUAAAGUUUCUCUAUGAAGGCCAUGAAGACUUUAGCACUUUGCCAACAUUUGGUGUAAUUGCAGCCCAGGUAAUAUAUACAACUUGCUGAUCUUGUCAGUUUCAGUCAUGUUUAUCUAGCCCAUAGAGAAGAGACCAGUGUAACAUGUGGAAACAAGCUACUUUAUUUUCUGGCUGAAAAAUAUGCCACAAAAAGGAUUGAGAGAUGGGGUAGAGAAAGGUCUCCACAAAUUUUAGAUGUCUUCUGUUUAGGCCCCAGUUGUUCAAAAGGUGGAUAGCACUAUCCACUGGAUAAAUCUCUAUCCAGUGGAUAGUGCAAUAUUUAUUGGUUUCCCGAAUACUUAUCCACUGGAUAGUGAUUUAUCUGGCCCGGGUUGCUCGAAGCAUGGUUAGUGCUAACCAGCGUUAAAUACCAUGGAAACCUAUACAUUCUGAUACCUCUUAACCAACGGUUAGUGCUAACCAGGCUUCGAGCAACCGGCCCCUGGUGGAUAGCACUAUCCAACUUUUGAACAACUGGCUCCAGAAGAUUAGGCUGCAUUCACCAUUUUCUUAUAGACCACAGUGCACCUUGUUUUCCCCUGAAAAUGUUGCAUAAUCAUUGUUUCCCACUUCUCCAGGGUAUUACAGUCAUUCCAAUAGAAAUCAAAGACAAUGGUUAUGCAAAAUUUUGGGCAAUCAAAAUGCUAUAGGCAAUGAAAUCUAUAGGUGAAAGAAAAUCUGCAACUCUGCUUGGAAACCCUAGAUGCACAAUUUCUUUGCUAAGUAAGAUACUCAAUGUAAGUAGUAUAAUAUAUGGUUUAUAAAAGGGGCAGAGGUAAGAUCAAUCUUUUUUCCAGAGAGAGAGGCUUUAGUCAGCAGCAUCUUUGUGAUAUGAAUCUGGAGCUCAUGAUGGAUGUUGUUGCAGAUUAAUCUUCAUUUAAUUUUAUCAAGUUGGUGGAUUGGUGCUGAUGAGAAUUAACCUAGGAUCAACUGGGCUUUGAUCAGAAAAAUAGUCUCUAGUGUAUUCAGUGUGCAGAAAUAUUGUUUAUACUCAGCCCAUUUCAAAGUUGUUUCCAUUUGGUUAACCUUUUUUAUGUAGAAAAAAGCAUCUGUAUUAAAGAAUUGUUCCAAAAAUAGAUGUAACAAAUGAUGAUCCCUACCAACUUACAUUUGCUUUGAAAAUGUAUUUUGUUGUUUGUUAAAGCUUAUAUACAGGUCACCUUGCUUUUCACAAAUUAUAGGUUUUGGCCUCCCUAAAACUUUCCUUAGAGACAGCCUUGCUGAUCUUAGAUAUAAACUUCUAACUGUAUCACUUUAAUAUAUGCUUUGUUUGUUUCUCUUUAUUUUCCAGAGUGCUACAGGAUCUGUUACAGCAGCAGCACUGGAGGCGGCUGGACUUCCUUUUGACCCAACAAAGGUUUAAAAAGAUAUUUUUUAAGAUUAUGAGGGCCCUGAUAAGAAUUUCCCCAUAUACUCUUUUUGCAAGCAAUAAAAUAUGACAGUCAUACUUGCUAAUGUCAUAAGUUCUUCUGAGAACCUUUGCUAGAAGUGAAAAAAAAAUCUAAGUGCAUGUGCACCCAUGCUCCAUGGCAUGUGCCUUCCCAUAAGGUACUUAGGCAUGACACAUACUGUCCUAUUACGCAAACCUAUUUAAUGCUGAAACCAAUGCUGCAGAUAGCAAAUCAGAUUAGAGAAUUUUGUUACAGUUAUGAGUAAACUGGUAAAACUGCAGUCUGUACAUGUUAUGACAAGUUUAAGCUAUAUUUUCUUCAAGACAAUUAUUUUUUAUUCCACUCCUGUAUUCUCCUAACGUUCACAGGCUCUUCAUGGGGAGCAGUAUCUGGAACUUUUCAAACCUCUGCCAACAGCAGCCACCUUAACAAGCAAGGCAGAAGUUGCUGACAUUCUGGAUAAAGGGAAAGGAGCUCUAGUGCUCAUCAAUGUCACUACUAAUGAUGAAAAAGGAGAAGCUGUUUGCUUUAAUCAGUUCUCAUUCUAUAUUGGUGGUGCUGGAGGUUUUGGCGGGAAAAGGCGGUCAGAACAUGCCAAGCCACUUGUUUCCAUGCCCAGUCGUGCACCAGAUGCUAGCAUUAGGGAGAAGACAAGUUGUUGCCAAGCAGCAUUUUAUCGGCUGAGUGGAGAUUACAACCCAAUUCACAUUGAUCCUAAUUUUGCACAGAUGGGAGGUACAGUAUUAUUGCAGGUGUUUGGUGACUUGUCUGUGAAAAUAAGAUAUUUGUUUGUGUGUGUGUGUGUGUGUGUUUUUUUUUUCAUGAUACAUCUGCAAAUAAAAGGAAAUUUAGUGAUGGUUUAGUAUUAUUUGGGUUAUCAGUAAAUCAACAAAAUAAAAAGUUUGUACAGUUCAUUUUGGAUGGCAAAAGCAGGGAUUUACCCAAUGAGCAAAGGCUCUUCAAUCUUCUUGGAAGAUCAAAGAGGCUCUGCUCUCAGGGUAGCAGGGAUCCGUCUCCUAUGAUUAAUUUUGUCAGUGGGUGCAGGAACUAUAGUCUCACAUAAUUUGUUUGACUGCUUAAUAUAGUGUAGACUUCAUUACCCUCUGAUAAAGUGUAAGGUAUCCAUUCACAAAGGUUGAAAUUAAUGAUUGCCAACUUUCUUAAGUUGGAAACAGGAAAAAUCAGGAAGGGUUCCAGCAAUUGUAAAUGCGAUUCUAGCUAAAUUCUAAUGAGUUGAAGGUGGAGAAAUAAUUUGUAGGCUUUUUUGCAUCUGUCCUAUUCCAGUCCUUCAACAAUCUUGAUGACUAUAAUAUUAGAAACAUUACAAACCUAUAACGAAAUAUGAAAGUUUCUUAUUUUGAAAUACUUGCUCCUGAAACCAUAAUUUGCCAGACUAGCACUAAAAGUACAGUUAUUCUUUGGUUUCCUUCAAAUAGGUUUUUCAUCUCCUAUCCUGCAUGGCCUUUGUUCAUUUGGUUUUGGUGCUCGUCAUAUUCUGAGGCAGUAUGCGAACAAUGAUGUCACUAAAUUCAAGGCCAUCAAAACAAGGUUUUCAAAGCCUGUCUAUCCUGGACAAACAAUUCAGACAGAUAUGUGGAGAGAUGGUAACAGAAUCUUUUUCCAGUGUAAAGUGGUAGAAAGUGGGCAUUUGGUGUUGUCAGGAGGAUAUGUUGACUUGAAGGACAUGGAUGAUGCCAAGACAACAAUGCCAGUAAGUUCUUGUUAACAACGUUUUUGGUGGUUUUGCUUCUUUUUGGGUAGAUAGUAACCUGAAAAUGGCUUGACCUCUAGUAUGAAAAGGUGAAGUCUGCAAAACACACAACAGGGUGCUGUGGUGAGUUUUGGGCCAUUAACAAAGCCCUCUUAGGAGGGGUACGUAUGUCCCCAGUCUGAGUAUUAAACAUGGUUGUUUCAUGAUUUGAGGAGAAGGCCAUGUCAUUGUCAGUGUUUAACCCAUCUUCAAGUUCAUGUUUGUCGCCAUUUCAUUUAGAAUUAUGUCGCUGUUUCAAGGCCAUAUCAUAUGUAAUUAUGCCUUUUCACACAACUGCCAUGUGAAAAAAAGUUGCACAUGUAGUUGCUGAUUCAUGCAAAAAAAAAUCUUGACUUGCUAUAUCUCACGGUGCUCGGCCAAAACAGUCAAAAUAAACCUAAUGGUUUUUUUAUUCAUGUUGUACCGCGUAGUGGAGCCGAAAUGAGUGGAAUUUUCCCAGUCUUUACUUGAGGUAAUUUUGACAUAUUAAUGGUUUGGAUUAUUGUCUUUUUGAAACAGGAUGUGCAUGCGUUAGUCUCUAGUCCAGGUAAAUCAGGCCUCAAGAGUGAAGCUCUUUUCAAAGAGAUUGGCAAACGCAUCUCAGAUCACCCUGAACUUGUUAAGAAAGUCAAGGGCAUAUUUGAGUGGAAUAUUACAAAGGGUGGAAAGACCGCUGGUCAGUGGACUGUGGACCUCAAAACUGGCUCUGGUUCCGUGACGGAAGGUCCAUGCAAGCAAGGCAAGGCCGACUGCACCAUAACUGUUGAGGAUGAUGAUCUGGCUGCUAUCGCUAUGGGAAAAGCAAACCCUCAAGAGCUAUUCAUGAAGAGCAAGUUGAAGGUCAAAGGUAAUAUCAUGCUCACUACAAAGCUGGGUCAACUUUUCAAGGACCAAGCCAAGUUGUAG